CACCAGGCGAGCAGAGGGGAAAGAGGCUGAAGUUACUGUGUGUGUUAUCCCAUGCACAUUCCAACAGGAGCAUUCAGAGCAAAUCAGCUUAUUUCUGAAGAAUGGCAUUGAGUGACCUCCUUUACCCAGAUAAUCCCAAGAGAAAGCAAGAAUUGAUUAAUCUGCAUCAGGAAUUGCUUGACUGUAUGUCCACAAAUUUCCAUGCAACCAACGAGCUGGUUGGAGUGCUGAACGAGCACCUGGGCUGUACCAUUACCCCCAUCAAGAUGCGAGAGAGCAGCACGGUCAAGGAAAACUGUGAGAUUAUCAUUCAAGUGAUGAGUGAGAUUCAGCAUCAGGUGCAGAAGAUCGAUAGUGACAUGAAGGAAAAGCUCGAGCCAGUGCUGUACCAGAAGCUGUAUGAUAUCAAAGAGCCCGAGCUGGAGAAAAUUGCAUUAGCCCAGAGAGUUUUUUCCAUUAUUUUUGGAGAAGCAACUUCAACAGCUGCAAUGGUAGCUAUCAAACUUCUUGGCUCCAAUCAUUUAACUCUCACCGUGAGCAAGCUCAUCGGUCUCCUUGCACAGAUUGGGGCAUCUGUCCUUGGGGGAGUUAGUAUUACCAUUAUUGGGCUUGGCCUUGAAAUGAUUCUCCAUGCCAUCCUGGGAGCUGUGGAGAGGAGUCAGCUCCUGACAGCUGUGAGAAGCUACGAGAAGCACCUGGCUGAGUUCAAAGCAGCCUCAGAAAAGUACCAGUGUGCCAUACAUGAAGUAACUUCUUUGGUGAGACAGCAAGUUCAGUAAAUGGAGCUGGAGUUCUCUCUUCUGUGACAGCAGCUGCAGCAGAUAUGCCUGCAGAAGCCUUUUGACUAAUUAUGACUGAUGGCUUUUUAUUUUCUUAUUUGCGGCAGCAGAACAAGGAAAGUAACAAUUCAGGAAACUGGCACUGAAAUAUAUUAAUAGAGAACUGGUUUACAGGUGUUUGGGGGGGGCAAUGUUUCAAAUACUUUGUACCUUUCCUUAAGCUUAUUUUCUGGGAAGCAUUGUAGAAUGAACUGUAAUUCAUACUAGAGACAAUAAUACAGACUGCUGGAGUGGUAGUGGUGAGAAGGUGGGUUUCUAUAUCAAAUAUGACAAAACAAUGGGAGCAAAUAAUUUCAACAAGGCAAUUCAUGACAGCAUCUGGAGGCUUUAUGAAGACACCUGUGGUUGCUAAACUCAGUGUGGAUUAGUGCUAAAUCUGAUAGACUGAAUUCGCUGUUCAUUACAAGGCUAGCUGAAGCAUAUUUAACUGCUAUUUCCUGCUGUCCUAAGGAGCCAGCCAGAGAUCUGCUUUAAAUAAACUCUAAUCCCAGUAGAUUGGCAGGUUAAGAGAAGCCUGGACCUACAUGCACAGACAAUCUUGCUCCACAACUGAGAGAAAGCAGCUGCUGCGUUCCAGGUGUGCCUGGCCAUGAACAACCUCUUACGCUUGUAAUGCUCUGCUCCUGCCAACCCACACGUAAAAAUUGCUGUGCAAAGUUGCUCUUUUGUUGAUUGAGGUGGGAUUAUACACAUGUACAAGUGCCUGUAGGAUUGCAGCCCUAUUCAUGUACUAAAGGUAUUUGCAAAUGCUUUACCCGAUCCCACCAAUGCAGGACUGCCAAGAAUGUGCUCAGAUUUUGCAUUUCACAAUAUGCUACCAAUUGUCCUUAUUUUCAGAUUUUAAA